UGAGUAUUUUUAUAUAAAUAAUAUUUUGAUGAUAAUGACAAGAUUUUUUAAAAUAACGGCACUUGAAACGGAUCGAUGGAUCGAACGAUACGCAGAAUAUUUUGUUGUUGUUGUUCGCAAAACGUUAUUUGUGAAUUUUCGAAUAUUUUUUCAUUUUUCGAAAACAUGCAUGUUCGAAAAGGUUCGAAAAUUCAAUUGCAUUUUUUUGACAUUUUUUUCUCGAGUAAAAAAUGAACCAUUAUGGUAUGAUCAUUUGGUUUAGCAUCGUUAUUAUAUUUUGUUCAACAAAAAUAUUUGCCAAUGAAAAUGAUAUGGAAAAAAUAAAUUUUGACCUAUCAAAUAAAGAAAAUAUUGAACUUUAUUUCAAAUUUCAACGCAAACAACAAUUGAAUGCUGUACAAACAUUAAUGACAUAUGAUCGUUAUGAACAACAAUAUCAAAUGGUUAAAAAAUUAUUUGAAAAAAUAUUCCAUAUAAUUGAUGAAUGUCAACAAAAUAUCAUCAACAAUUCGCAUUAUAAUAUUGGUGAUUCAUUACCAUUCGAUCAUCAAGAAAUUGUCGACAAUAUAAUACAAGCGAUUGAUAAUUGUGCAUUUUUUGCAAAUAUGGUAUUGAAAUUACCAGACAUUUCUCGACGUCUUCUGACAAAUGAAAUGGAAACAAAUUGGGAAAAAUCAUAUCGUUGGUGUUUGAAUUUUACCAAACAAUCGAAUAUUGUUGAUGAUAUUAGUCUGAAAAUGUUCAAUCUAGCAGCGCAACAAUUGAAUAUUGUUGAAAAAGAAGAUGAUUUUCUCAAUCCAUAUGAAAAAAAGAAUCAAAAAUCGAAGAUAAAUUCAAUUGAAAAGAAUUCUAAUGAAAAAAAGAAAAUGGCAAAAAAUUCCAAAAAAAUCAAAAAAGGUCCACGAAUGAGUCGUAUUGAAUUAUAACUUUCCCCAGCCCGUUCCCCCCAAUUAUAAUAAGAUAUUUUUUACCCAUUUGUAAAUAAAUAAAUUCAUUCCCGGGUA